ACGUAUCAAAGUCCCGAUCGAUCGGCCGCGUCGCGAACAACGGCUGUCGCGUUUCUUUUCGUUUCGGGAGUUUCUCUCCGACGGAGACGUCCACCUUCGCUCAUCUCACGCAUCGCGUUCGAUGAUCGAGAGGACGUUCGCGGCAAAGGUCGCGGUUGCGCGAGUGACCGAUCGCUCGGAGCGAUCGCAAGUGACACCAUCGAGUGGCAUACGUCAUUGGUGAACCGUUGCAACAGUUUCACGAGUGUGUCUUGCGGUUCUCUCUUGGGGCCGGAAUCGAAAAUUGCUGCCUACGAGAAGAAAGCGACCAAGUCCGUGGGACGAAGACUGAAUCGGAACCGAUCGACCUAGUGAAGAAGACGCAAUGCGGGUGUUAUGUGCAUUCUGUGGACUGUUUUUGGCUAUCGUCAUUGCCAAUUGCAGUCCUGUCGUCAAGAGAGACGCGGAAGAAGACCUCAGUCCGCUGAACGAAGUAGCCGAAACUGAUGAUGCGACGGCCGAUGACGAAAGAGGCGAUAGGGACAAGAGAAAGAUCGGCCUCAAGCUUGGAGUAUCGAACGGCAUCAUUAAUUUUGUGUUUGACAAAGUGGAUUCCUUCAUAGACUCGAAAACGAAAGCGCUCUCAGUUCUCGACGAAUCUAACAAAGCGAAAAAUGCUGCUUUUGGAAUCGAUCCUAAGCAUUCGGCUACGUCGGAGUUCCUCAACAAAUUAUUAUCUCAAAAGGUUCAGGCUGCGACGGGCAGCAUUGGGCCUAUUAUAAAUAGCGCGGCGACAUUCUUCUCAGGCGCCUCGGCUGGCAUCACUAAGGCCCUGGCCGGGAAAAUUGCGCCAUUAAGCUCGCUUUCUGGUGGUGCGAGUGGCGGUGAUGGUACAGGACAUGCAGACGGCGGUGCAGGAGGAGGAUCAUCGGCCUUCAUCGGCAAUCUCUUGUCUCAAAAGAUCGGCUCCUUGUCGAGCCUGAGCCAAGGUAGCGGCGGUUUAGGCAGUUUAAGCGGCGGUUUAGGCGGUUUAAGCGGUGGUAGCAGUGGUGGCGAUCAGGGUAGCUCCGGAGGCGCUUCUUCUGGCGGAACUGGCGGCGCGAACGCCGGCAUCAAUCUCGGAGCUUUCGCCAACCUGGCAGGGAAAGGGAUUAUUACCACUACGGAGGAUACACCUGAGUUUGAUAGGAAUAGGGUAUCCUUGGAAAUACCAUCAAGCGCAUUCGGCACUGGUUUCAACCUAAUAACUAACGUUAGCAAAGUUCUCAACAGCGUAAUCCUAAAUUCAGCCCGUCGAACGCAGACAUUGCUGGAAAUUUUCAAGCCGUUCUUCCGUGGUACUUUCGCCAUAAAGGGUCUACCGUCGGAUAAUCCUAAAUAAAAACGUCUGAUUUUAUUUUGCAUUCGCGAUACUAUGAAACAAUUGCUCAAUGAUCAUCGUUUCUUAUUAGGAAACGUUCCACAAGUUCCGAUCACAUGUCUCCUGGAUAGAUAUUGUUGAUUAGAGUUUGUGAAGAUUGUUCCAAAGUUCUGUUGAUCAUAGAACAUUUUUAGAUCUUAGACUGAAGUCUAGAUAAGUUAGGAUUGUAACAUUUGCGAAGAUUUCUUCGUAAUUGUUAAAUAACUGUCACUUAUGACGCCACAUUUUUGCCUCAUAUUUUAUCCACUAUUUUUUACACACUUGUUAGUUGCUUCAGUUUUUUAAAUGACUUGAAAAUUGGCGUCGUAAGUCAAAGGUACGAGUAUAUGCUUUUAACGAUUGAAAGCGUAUGUGUUAUUAUAGAGAAAAUAGAUAUUUAUAUAUAAAUAUGUAUGUAAAAACUAAUGUGUAGAUAAAAGUGUUAUUUUAGAAACAAUUUAGUCAGAUUUUAAAUAAUUAGCGCGUUACAAAGUACGAUAAAAUAAGAAAGGAGCAUCAAUCAAACUAUUUUACAUCUCAUAAAACUAGUUUUAUUUGAUCUUACGUAAACAAAUAUAAAAAGAUCCUUAGAAUUCUUGUUUAUCAGUCUAUAACUUAAAAUAUGUCAUAAUAAAUGAAAAAAAUAUUAUUAUGCCGACUUUUUACGACUUUUACUUGAGAGUGUGCGUCAAGAUGACAACUUCUUAUUUAUUAAUACUAGACUUUUACGCAAUAAGUAGAUGGCGUAAAAAUUUUGCGUCAAUAACGUGUGUUGCAUGAUAUUACUUAAAGAUUUAUCGUCUAGACAACAGUGCGUAUUAUACAAGACGCGGUCAGACGAGAAGUGGUCAGAGUGUCACAUCUAGUGAGAACUCGGCCAUGUAACAUUUUGCCGUUCAUAUAACGAGGACACCUGAAGCAGAUGGUAACGAUUUGCCACACGUGCAUUCCUCGCAUAUGCUUAAGCAAUAAAUAUAAUACUAUAUCGAGAAAAUGAAAAACUUAUUUCCUUGAAUUAAAUUGAAGUGUAAAUCGUAGCAUAUAUUAUUUGUACUUUAUCCCUUACGACAUACUGGGAGAUUAUAAUUGUUAGAUACUUAUCAAUAAAAUAGCAAACUAGA